UAAUUUUCUUACUUCCUCAAUUGAUAAUCUUUUUUUUUGUUAUGGUUUAAUUUUAUUUAUAAAAAUGAUCCUACAGGUACUUUGCGCGCUAUCAGUUGCCGUCGCGGUGGUCUCCGCUCACGGCUACUCCUCCCAGUACGUCCACAAGUACGACGGUCACCACGAGCCAGUGCACCACGGACAUGAUCACCACGACUACUACACUCACCCCAAGUACGAGUUCGAGUACAAGGUGGAGGACUCUCACACGGGCGACCACAAGUCGCAGCACGAGCACCGCGACGGUGACGUCGUCAAGGGACACUACUCGCUGCAUCAGCCCGACGGCUCCGUCAGGGACGUCCACUACCACGGCGACCAUCACACCGGCUUCCAUGCCGAUGUAAAGUUCAGCACUCACCACGAGAUCCCUCAUCAUCAUCAUCAUUACUGAAUAGUCGUUAUCUAAU